AUGAGGUCAUUCAAGAAGGUCUCCUCAGGCUCAGCAGGGGCGAGUAAAGGUGGAGACGAGCCCGGGAAGUUGCCGGAGCAGGAAGAAGAGGAGGAAUCCCAGAUUUUGCACGGAACCGGCCAUUGCAAAUGGUUCAAUGUGAGAAUGGGAUUCGGGUUCAUCUCCAUGAGCAACCGAGAAGGAAGCCCCUUGGAGUCUCCGGUUGAUGUCUUUGUACACCAAAGCAAGCUUUACAUGGAAGGAUUUAGAAGCCUAAAAGAAGGAGAACCAGUGGAAUUUACUUUUAAGAAAUCUUCCAAAGGCCUUGAAUCAAUACGGGUAACAGGCCCUGGUGGGAGCCCCUGUUUAGGAAGUGAAAGACGACCCAAAGGGAAGACAGUACAAAAAAGAAAACCAAAGGGAGAUAGAUGCUACAACUGUGGUGGCCUUGACCACCACGCUAAAGAAUGUAGUCUACCUCCGCAGCCAAAGAAGUGCCAUUACUGUCAGAGCAUCAUGCACAUGGUGGCUAACUGCCCCCUUAAAACAGUCUCGCAGCAGCCCACCAGUUCUCAGGGAAGACACGAAGCUGAGCCCCAGCCUUCCACUUCUGCCUUCCUGAGGGAAGGAGGAGGGACACACGGCUACUCCUCUCCAUCCUACUCUCAGGAGGGCAGGGCAGAGAUCUCGGAGCGCUCGGGCAGGUCACCGCAGGAAGCUUCGGCCAGUAAGUUGUCAGCAUCGCCCGAAGAGCCCAGCAGGAAGGGGCCUUCUGUCCAGAAAAGGAAAAAAACUUAA